AUGGAUCGCGAAACUAUUACCUCACAAAAAGUACUGGAGCGUAUUCUAUUUGAUGAAAGCGCAGAACCAAAGGCCCUACCGUUAUCACUUCUGGCACACAUCACCAGCAAUUUUUCUGAUGACAAAGAAAUUGGCUGUGGUGGCUUUGCAAGGGUUUACAGGGGAAUGCUUGACAGUGGCACGGUUGCUGUGAAGAAGCUUCACGAUUUGGUUGAUAUGGAUGAGAAGAAAUUCAGCGAAGAAAUUCAUUGUCUGAUGAAGGCAAAGCACAAAAAUAUAGUACGGUUCCUAGGAUAUUGUUCUGACACACAAGGGGAAAUGGUAGUCUGUGAGGGAAAACUUGUCUUAGCAGAUGUACGACAAAGGCUACUCUGCUUUGAAUAUCUACCUAAAGGCAGUCUAGAUAAGCAAAUCACUGAUGUAUCUUGUGGACUUGAAUGGAGAAAGCGCUAUCAAAUCAUCAAUGGAAUUUGUGAUGGUUUAUAUUAUCUUCACCAAAAUCACAUCGUUCACUUGGAUCUUAAACCGGCAAAUAUACUGCUAGAUGAUAACAUGUUGCCGAAAAUUGGUGAUUUUGGUCUAUCAAGGUGCUUUGGUGAAAAGCAAAGCCAGGCUAUUACAUCAAAACUAAUUGGAACUAUGGGAUAUUUGGCACCAGAAUUUUAUACGCGCAGACAGAUCACAUUCAAGUUAGACAUUUAUAGUCUUGGUAUGAUAAUCAUAGAGAUACUAACAGGAGACAGGGGAUAUGCUGAUAUUGAUAAUAUACUUGAGAGGUGGAGAAGUAGGUUGGAGAAAUCUCAGGGAGACAAACAACUGGUACAAGUACGAGUAUGCGCUGAGAUAGCGAUCGAGUGCGCUGACUUUAACCCGGCGAAACGACCAGAUACUCAGCAUAUAAUUGAUAGGCUUGGCGCAACAAGAAAUGCGGAUGAGUUCGCUACUGAAACUGGGGCGAGUAGUAGUUCAUCAGUAGCAAAGUCAGCAGUUGUGGCCCCUGGUCCCACAAUUGGUCCAGAGAAUCCAAUGGCUAAUGAGUUAAAGAAGUUGACAGAUGGACUAUAUGAUAUGACAAAAAACCAGCGUUUCAGUUUGAUGCCCGAUGAUAGCUCUAAUGUGCAGCAAGAAACUGACAUACAGGAAACAUCAUCAGAUGUGGAAGAAUCACUAAUCAUCGAGAGGACUGAAGAAAGAGAUAACAUGGUAGCUACUUUAUCUGGGAGUAUCUCACCUGAGUUCACCGUCCUUCCAAUAUAUGGCUUUGGAGGUAUUGGUAAGACAACGCUGGCCCAACUAGUUUUCGAUGAUGCUCAGUUUGCAGGUUACUUUAAGGUUUGGGUCUAUGUGUCCCAAAAUCUUGUCCUGAAUAAAAUUGGCAACUCUAUAAUAUCACAGCUAUCAGAGGAGAGCCAUGUAGCUGAAAGGCAGAUGAUACAUAUUAAACUCAGAGAGCUACUUGCUGGUAAGAAGGUUCUUAUUGUCUUAGAUGACGUGUGGGAGAAGAAUCCAGAUACACUAAAUUCUCUCAUGGCUAUGUUAAGAGUUGGUGUGGACAGUAUGGUGACAGUUAUUGUAACCACAAGAGAUGAAGCAGUUGCAAGGGAAAUUUGUCAUACAGUUGAACCAUACGAGCUAGAGACUUUAACAGAUAAAAUCUGCUGGAAAAUAAUAAAACAGAAAACUGCCUUUAACGAUCGAGUUGACAAAAAACGAUUGAAGCAUAUAGGAAGGGAGAUUGCAACCAAAUGUGGAGGUGUGGCCUUAGCGGCUCAAUCACUUGGAUACACGCUGAAGGGGAAGACGCCUGAUGAGUGGGAGUCAGUAAGAGACCAUUAUAUCUGGAAUGUAUCUAUUUUGGAGGAAUCAUCGUCAAGAGAUCAUGAAGUGCUUGCGUCCAUGCUGAUAAGCUAUAGUCAUAUGCCUGAAUGCUUGAGGUCAUGCUUUACCUAUUGUGCAGUGUUUCCAAAAGGUCAUAAUAUAGUGAAGUAUGAUCUAAUUCACCAAUGGAUAGCUCUUGGAUUCACUGAGCGGUCUAGGAUAUUUGACUCUAUGCAGCUCUGCGAGAAAUAUGUCGUGCAACUUUUGGGGAUGUCCUUCCUUCAGUAUUCAAAGACACCUAUGAGUGAUAGAUGGUGA